UAAAAUAUUUUCCUUUUGGAAGAGGCUUUGUGUAGUAAAAUACUAGCUGGCCGGUUAUUAUCUAUAAAAUACAAUGACUAAACAUUCCUAGUAUAUUUACGCUGAAUAAACAAGGAAAGAUCCGCUUUGCCUUUCUGCAUCAAAGACAAUACUCAAAUACCAAGCGAAGCGUAAAUACUAAGUCUGCGAAAAUACCAGUAAAAAAUAUUACAACUGAAAGAAUGAAAUCUCCUUGGCUAUAGAAACACCAAAGAAUAUAGAAUCAUAUAGAAUAAUAAAAGUGACACCAACCACAUUGUUGUCAAAAAACGCACAAAAUAUUAUUUAAAAAUUUGAAAAGUAGUUUUGCUGAUCAUCCUUUUAAUUUUUUGAUUUUAUUUCGUUCGCAGUGUUUUUGCUAGGCAUCGAUGUUUAACUAUAUCAAACGAAUUCUUAUUCCGGCACAAAGCUUGGUGGCAGCGCUCUAUCAACAAGUUGCCAAGUCGAGUGUUUGUGAGCAGUAAGCCAUGCAUCCACUAAGAGAAAGAAUAUGUGACGAGUUGCUUGAAAAUCCACUUCUCCGCACUCCGCCGCCAGAACCAGAAAAGCCUCGUCCGCCGCGCGUGCGCAAACCACGAGAAUUUAAACUGCCUGCAAAAUUUACUUUAUUACCGAAAGAUUUUUACUCAUGCUGGUGCAAUCACCAAAAAGAGUUGCAAAUGGCAAAACAUAAAGUGGAUGACAGUCCGCCUGAACUAUUCCCCGAGUUAUAUCUCAAGCCAAGAAGACUCGACUACUAUGCUCGUCAGCUGGAACAAACCAUGAAUGUCAACAAGGAACUGCUAAAAAGAAUAAAUUUAAUACAGCGAACUGGUGGCUUCGUGGAUUGUUGGAUGCAUGAACCUUGCAAUAAAUACAAUAAGUUACUUUGCGAACAACGACAGCGGAAUUUAAACGAGAUACAAAAGAACAACUUCUAUUUUUAUUCAAGGCUGCUUGUUGCGAGGUCGGAGCAACUACUAACUAAAGAAUUGGACGAAGCCUGGAAAGAUACAAAACAUAAACUAAUUCUAGGAGCUUCGUUGCCAUUUAUAUUAUUUAAAACUGGUAAAAUUGAUCGUGGUAUGAAAGAUCCAGCUUUUGACAAACCUCCGAGCGUUUAUCGACCUAGGGUUUCUUUAGAUAUCUGGGUUCUCGGUGGGUCCAAGAUCGGUAAGGUAAUGAUAGAACUAUUUAACGAUAUAGUUCCAAAAACGUGUCAACUGUUCUUGAACCUUGUCAAAGGUGAUUCGAUGGGUCAUGCAUAUACAGGAACCAGAAUUUUUAGGAUAGUACCGGACUUGUAUUGCUGCGGCGGAGAUGUGACUAAAAACAACGGUUUCGGCUGUUACACGCCUGAAGGAGACCUACUUGAUACCAGGGACACUGACUGCUUUAAACUAAAACAUACUGUACCAGGUGUGGUAUCCAUGGUGGUCAGUCCAAAUGGUGAAGUGUGUGGACAGUUCAACAUUAUAUUCAAGCCGUUGCCGCAGUUUGAUAACAAACAUGUUGUCUUUGGGAGGAUAAUAGCAGGGCCAGCGCCAACGUUGGAACGCAUCAGUGCGCUAGGGCUGCCCCUCGGCACCACCUCCACGGACUGCAUCGUCAAGUCCUGCGGCUGGUUCACCCGCAAGGGCGAGUACCGCGAGGGCAACCCUAACACCAUCAAGUUUCCGCCCAGACGUAAAGCUAAGAAGUGAUUGUCAUCGUCUUGUACCUUUCGGUGUGAUUGUUCUAUUGUUUUGAUCAUCGUAAAUUUUAUUGAGUUUUUGAAGGUUUUAUUAUUAUUAUGAGUAUUUUAAAAUCUAA